UUGAACUCCCAAAGCUUUUCACCAAACGACUCCCUCGAAACCCAGGAGAAUCCCGUAUUUUAUUUUAACUAAAACUGAAUCAAAACCACUAUUUUCACUUUCAGUUCUAACCGUAUUGUUCUCUACUGUUUUAAUCUUCUUCUCCACUCCUGCGAGUAACAUUUCAGAAGAUCUAAACUUCAAAAUGCAAGGGUUGAAAUAUAAGCUUUAUUAAGGCAGAGGCAGAGCUUGAGUCGUCUUUCUUCUCCUUUUAAGUUUUUAUUCUCCCACCAGCUUUGUGCAGUGGCUACACCACCUCCACCACACUGCUACAACAACCACCAGCACCCACAGCCUUAUUAUUCUUUUUCUUCUUCUCCUCAGAUUCACAACCACCUUCAUUUCAGGCUCGGCCCUCAGAUUGCAAUGGAAGGAGACCGCUUAAAGAUUGAAAUUAGAGAUGGAAUUUCUAAAGUUCGCUUUGCUCCUAAAUCCAACAAUCUACUUAUAUCCUCUUGGGAUUCUAAUCUUCGGUUAUUUGAUCUGGAUACCUCUAAACUUAGGUCAGAAAUUCCAUUAGAAGUGGGACUUCUUGGUUGCUGUUUCCAGGAUGAAUCUACUGCUUUCAGCAUUGGUUCUGAUUGUUGCCUUAGAAGCCAUGACCUCAACUCUGGAAUUCAUGAAACAGUCGGAAACCACGACGAUUUAGCAACUUGUGUUGAAUAUUCUCAGGAAACUUGUCAAGCAAUCACCGGAGGUUUUAACAAAAGAAUUACAUCAUGGGAUAUGCGCAUGGGAAAAGCUGUGGUAUACUCGGUUCAUAUUGGUGUUGAGGUAGAGUCCAUUUCAUUACGUGGAUGUCAUUUGGCUGUUGGAACCGGAACGUCAGUCAAUAUAUAUGACUUGCGGAACUUAAAUGAACCCCUGGAAACGCAGUUUUCUAUGGAAUAUUCAGUCAGUUGUGUGGGUCUGUUUCCUGAUUCAAAAGGGUGUGCAGUUGGAUCAGUUGAUGGGCUUGUUGCAGUACAAUGUCUUGAUUUGUCAGAUGCAAAUGAUAUGAGCUAUAUGUUCCGAUGUCAACCAAAGUCGAGGGAUGGGAAGCGCCAUCUUGUUUCUGUGAAUGAUGUUGUAUUCAAUCCAAGUCAUUAUGGCGCCUUCGUCACCGGUGAUAAUGAGGGAUAUGCUAUCAUGUGGUCUGCUCAAAGUAGGAAGAGACUAUUUCAGUUCACAAAGUACCCCAACAGUGUGUCAUCCUUAUCGUAUAACAGCAGCGGGCAAUUUUUGGCUGUUGCAUCAAGCUACACACACCAAGAAGCUAAUGAAAGAGAGGAGCCUCCACAAAUAUUUAUACAUGAAAUGAAUGAAAAAGUCAUGGAUAUCGGUUCAGUGGCUUGCGGAACUUCAAGCUUUAAGUAAGACAAAAAUGGGUGUGAUAUAAAGCUUGGGGACCAGAUUAUUCACUGCACUUUUAUAAGCUAUAACCGGUAGUAUUUAGUGUAUGUUGCAGAUAUGAUCUCUUGUUCUAAGAUAGUGUUUUAUCUCAAUGGCAUUGGAGUUAUGACAAAUAUUGUAUAGACCAUCAAAACAUUGCCCUUACUUUGGGUACGAAAGAAGUGUAAUUGAAACCAAAUCUGUAAUAAUUUUAAGGUCUUAAUAUUGGAGCCUUUAUUG